AAAUGGCUAAUCUUCGUCUAAUGAUCACUCUAAUCACAGUUUUGGUUUGUUUAUUCUCGAGCUUCACCAAAUCAUCCAAAGACAUUAGAAUUGAUUUACCUAAAUCCCUUAACCUCACCCUUUUAACCGAUCCUUCCACCAUCUCCGCCGCCUCUCAAGACUUCGGAAACAUCACCACCGUCACUCCCGGCGGCGUAAUCUGCCCCUCCUCAUCCUCCGAUAUAUCUCGUCUCCUCCACUACGCCGCGAACGGAAAAAUAACGUUCCAAGUGGCGGCUCGCGGCCAAGGCCACUCCUUGAAAGGCCAAGCCUCCGUCUCGGGAGGAGUCGUCGUCAACAUGACAUGUCUCUCUGACGUGGUGGUUUCGAAAGACAAGAAGUAUGCUGACGUGGCGGCGGGGACGUUGUGGGUGGAUGUGUUGAAA